UUAUUGAUCUCUAUAAAUAUGUCACUUGCGCAAAAUGAAAAAUUUUCAAAUUACAAUUAUUAUUUUGGUCAGCUACGUGGUGCUCGAUCUGUUGUUCAACAGCGCAAAAGUAAUAUCUUUGACUAUCUUGGAAGAGCUUCCAGAAUAUCACCUAACUUCUGAUGAACAAUUCAGCUACGAGAAUAAAAUCAUAGAUAGAAAAAACGAAGCAAACCCUUUUAGUUAUGUCUUUAAAAUCAUCUACAGAAACAACAUAUCCAAUGCAUACAUAAGAAAAAGAAAGAGCGAUAUUAUCCUAAAAGGAAAAUCCACGUUAACGGUUAUUUAUGGUGAUGGUAAAAAUUAUUCAGAGGAUUUUGAUAAAUAUGUUGAAUUGUACGAAGGCUAUAUGGAGAACAGACCUGAGGACUCUUCCAUUAGUGGAUACAUCAAAGAUAACUAUUUCUAUGGUAGGGUUAUUAUCGCUAAAGAGGUUUAUUAUAUAGAUCAAACUGAGUCGACCACACACAGAUUUAGACGAGAAAGUAGUGGCAUUUUGAUAGACAAGUCUGAAGAUUUGGGGAAGAUAUUUCACGAUAAAAAUAAUAGCCAUUAUAACCCCGAGCUGGUAGCGCAUAUUAAACAAGCUUUUCGAAAAAGGAUGCAGGCACUGACCGUCAAACCCGACAAGUCUACUUUGGAAGAGUUUCACAAAUGGAAACAGCAAGGGAUGUUGUGUCCAUUAUUACUAGUAAUGGAUAACUCAUUUCUACGAAUACUACAUGGAGGUAAUAAACAAUCAGCCAUCUCGCACGUUUUGUUCACUUUGGAAGAAUCGAACGUCAUCUUUAGAACUACUGACUUCGAUAUGAAAGGCGGAGCAGAUAAUAUAGGUUUCUACAUUAAAAAACUAGAGAUUGUCGAAACUAUAAAACCUCCAUAUUAUCUUGAGAAAUAUAGUGGCACAAUACCAGCAGACUCUAUCUCCGCGCUUACUACGUUUACCAUGUAUCAGGAACUGGGUAAUUACUGUUUAGGAGGUCUUUUAACAGCACAAGUAUUUGAUGAAAGUGUUCUGGGAUUAGCAUUUGUUGGCGCAGAUGACAAUAAUUAUGGACUUGGUGGAAUAUGUGAAAGCACCUUCUAUGACACUACUUUCAAUACAUUUCUCGCGACAGCGUACUUGUACGAGGGCAGAACACUAAAUCAAAUGCAGUUCGAAGCAACGAUCGCUCACGAGAUAGGACACACUUUCGGAAGCCUACAUGAUUCAGAGGAUGGAAGAUUGGAUUGCUUUGGUCAUAUUAUGAGCCCGGUUGUCUUUGAUAGAUACACAAAUAAAAAGCAAGUUUCAUUUUCUUCUUGCAGCAAACGAAGAAUGAUCGAUGUCAUGGUGAUGAAAGCUAAGUGCUUUGAACCCGUCGAGGCCUCCUUUUGUGGAAACACGAUCUUAGAAAAAGACGAAGAUUGUGAUUGCGGUUUGAUGAUGGAAUGUAGCAAAAAGGAUCCUUGUUGUGUGCCGAGACGUACUAGUGAACAACCGUGUAAGGUAAACAGAAAAAAAGGAUACAAGUGUCACCCGUCCCAAGGAAUUUGUUGCACCAAUAAAUGCACCUACGCAAUAUUGGACAAUGUGUACUGCAAUAAUUUUGAUAUGACAUGCCCAUGCACCGGCAAAUAUGAAGGUAAAAGUUGUCCGUGCGGCGUAAGAGGCCGCUGUUUAAAUGACGUAUGCCAUAGCUACGAAUGCGAUAGAUUGGGUCUUACCGAAUGUGAUUGUGCACCUGUAAAACUCAAAUCGUGUGAACAUUGUUGCCAGCUAGAUGACAAAUGCGUCACAGCUUUUCGCGCUACACAAAUCCUCAUAAAAGAAAAACAGGACAAACGUGUAUUUGAAAGAAUCAGAAAUAUGACAAGUCGUACAGAUAAAAAACAUGAUAUAAAAGGAAGAAUUCAUGAGAGAUUUUGUAUAGGAGACGAGAAGAUCAAGAAAAACUGCCUACAUCUUCAAUUUUUUAAAGCCACAGCUGGACAAUACUGUUCAACUAGAGGGAGUUUAGGGAAGUGCAUAAAUAACAAAGAAACUUUUGUAUGCAAAAUUCUUGAAAAGAAACCCAAAACACAUACAUUUCCUUUUGCAACCGGGUCAUGUGGGACAUGUUUUAAAAUAUUUUCAAUCUUUCAAAUACCAGCAGUUAAAUAUAUAGUUUUUAUCUUUUAUUGCCUAAUAUUAAAAGAAAUUACUUAAUAAAACAUGAAUUCUAA